AUGCAUAUCAUGGAACUGAUCCCUAGUUUGCCUGAAGAAGUCAGUUUCGAGUGCCUGACCCGGUUGCACCAUUCAGCUCUCCGGGAUGCUUCCCGGGUUAGCCGGCGAUGGCGAGAUCUCCUCGCCAGCCCUGACUUCCACCACAAACGAAGCCAAACAGGGCAUACCCAGAAAACAGCUUGCUUACUCCAAUCAAUUCCUUCAUCCGCUCACUCACAAAAUCUCAAAUUCCCCAGCUCGUUGUGUUACGGACUCACUCUGUUUGACCCUGCAAGUCGCACCUGGGAGAGGCUGAGCCCGGUUCCCAAGUACCCACAUGGCCUCCCUCUGUUCUGCCGGUUGGCCAGCUCGGAAGGGAAGCUAAUCGUGAUGGGCGGAUGGGAUCCGGUGACUUACGACCCGGUUGGGGACGUCUUCGUGUACGAUUUCACCACUCAGAAAUGGAGUCAGGGCAAGGACAUGCCCUCCAAGAGAUCGUUAUUCGCAAUUGGAGCCAUUGAUGGCCGAGUUUACAUCGCCGGCGGACACGACGAGAACAAGUGCGCUUUGAAAUCUGCUUGGUCGUACGACGUGAGGAAGGACGAGUGGGCCGAGCUGACUCAGAUGAGCCAGGAACGCGAUGAGUGCGAGGCUUUAGUAAUUGGAGACGAUGAGUUCUGGGUUGUCAGCGGAUAUGGGAACGAGAAACAGGGCAUGUUCGCGGCGAGUGCGGAGUCGUACCAACUCAGUACGGGUGAGUGGAGGAGAGUGGAGGGGGCGUGGAAACUGGGUCUGUCACCUAGGUCGUGUGCCGGAUUGGGAAAGAUGGGAAGUUAG